GAACGCAUCAGUACUGACACAAUGGCAACGCGAGCUGCCAGAACGCCUGCAAUGCCGUUGCCUCAAGCGAAUGUGCAUCCUGAUCAAAAGACGUCUUCCUGCUUUACGUGGGAGGCAUUGGCCGACGUCCUGAGUUUUACUCCACAGCAGGGGAGGCCACUGAAUUGCAAGCAUUCACCGCGAGAAGGAAAGUGGAGUGAGUGGAGUGUUCAGCUUGACAACGACAUCAGCGGGGAAACAGUGCUUAAAGCCUUCAGACCUCAGCAUCAUCAUUAUCAACGGGCAGCGGACGUCUUGCUUCAUCAACUGACUGGACAAAGCUUGAGGUGCAAAGAUGAAUCAAACUGCGUCCGUCUCGCAUCAGAUUGACUGUCAGCCUGCCAAGGAUGUCAAGGAGUUCGUGGAUGUCAGCCCCCCGCAGAGGAACUGGAAGGGCAUCGCCAUCUCGCUUCUGGUGAUCGUGGCCGUCUGCUCGCUCAUCACCAUGUCUGUGGUGGUCCUCACGCCUGCCGAACUCCCGGGCAGCACCAGGUCUCCGCUGACUGUGGAGGAUCUCUACUCGUCUGAGUUGAGCGUGCACAGCCCCGAAGCCACAUGGAUCAGCGACUCAGUGGUGGCGUACAGAAACCGAGACGGUCACGUUGUCACAUUUGAUUUCAUCCUCAACAAGACGGAAGUCCUUCUCAACAAUACCACCUUUGUGGCGUUCAAGGUGGCAAGGUACUGGCUGUCUGCAGACCUUAAAUAUGCGCUCUUUGCUUACGAUGUCAAACAGAUGUACAGAUAUUCCUACCAGGCUUCCUACAUUGUUUACAACAUAUACACACGGGAGGUUUGGGAGCUGAACCCCCCGGAGGUCCACAACGCCGUGCUGCAGCAUGCAGCCUGGGGACGACAAGGACAGCAACUGAUUUACAUUUUCGAGAAUAACAUCUACUACCAGCCUGAUGUGAGGAGUAGCUCCCUGAGGAUCACUUCAUCCGGCAUGGAGGGCGUCAUCUUCAACGGGCUGGCGGACUGGCUGUACGAAGAGGAGGUUCUGCACUCGCACUUGGCUCACUGGUGGUCACCGGAUGGAGACAAACUGGCUUUCCUCACAAUCAACGACACACAGGUACCCAACAUGGCCCUGGCCCAGUUCACCGGUAGCGCCUACCCCCGAGGACUCCAGUACCCGUAUCCAAUGGCUGGCCAGCCAAACCCCGUGGCUAAGCUGUCAGUGGUCAGUCUCUUCGGGGUGACACACACUGUGGAACUGAAGCCUCCUGAUCAACUCAGGCUCAGGGAUUUCUAUAUCACCAUGGUGAAGUGGAUCAGCAACACUCAGCUCGCCGUGCGGUGGCUCACUCGGCCCCAGAAUGCAUCACUGCUGACAGUGUGCGACGCCGCCGUAGGAGUCUGCCUCGUGAGGUGCGAGGACUCCUCUGAUACGUGGAUCUCCAGGCCGGACCAGGAGCCUCUGUUUUCAGAAGACACCAGCAGGUUUUUCCUCACUGUGCCCGUAAAGCAAGGUGGUCAGGGUGACUUCCACCACAUCACCAUGUUCACCAAACAGGGCGACCAGGAUGACAUUCGGCACAUAACGUCAGGCGACUGGGAGGUGACACAAAUCGUGUCCUACGACGAAAACAAGCAGGUCAUAUACUUCCUGAGCACAGAAGUGUCGGCACAAACGAGGCAUCUAUACAGCGUGUCCACCGUCGGCCUGUUUCCACGGCGAUGUCUCACCUGUGAACUGAGGGAGGGGUGCACGUUCUUUGAGGCCACCAUCGGCCCUGAUGCAGAGCGUGCCAUCCUAUGCUGCAAGGGUCCGGGAGUUCCAUCUGUACUGCUUCUAAGUUUGGAGGAGGAGGACUCUUAUUUCAUCCUGGAGAGCAAUCGCCCUCUGUGGUCGAUGCUGGCGAGCAAAAGGACCGUGCAGACCCAAACGCACACGGUGCAUCACGGCAACUUGGCGCUGCCUCUGAAGCUCAUCCUUCCUCCUGACUUCUCCGAGUCCUUCCUCUACGGCCUCCUGCUCAUUGUUGGAAGAUCUCCUGGCGACCAGGCGGUCACAGAGGAGUUUAGACUAGACUGGGACUGGGUGCUGGUGGGCUCGGGGCAGGUCGUGGUGGCCAGAUUGGACGGUCGGGGAUCAGGGUUCAGAGGUCAAAGGAUGUCGCAGCAGCUCCAUAAGAACAUCGGGCAGGUGGACGUCGAGGACCAGACAGCAGCGCUGGCGUACUUGAUGAAGCUGCCCUUCAUCGAUCCCACGCGGGUUGGAGUUUUUGGAGAGGACUACGGCGGGUACCUGACGCUCAUGCUGCUCAAGUCCACAGAACCGACAAUCCGAUGCGCGGCGGCUCAGGCUCCUGUGGUGGACUGGACCAUGUAUGCUUCAGCCUUCUCGGAGAGAUACUUGGGCUUGCCGUCGACUGAGGACAACAGAUAUCAAAUGUCCAAAGUCCUCCCUGAAAUGAAAGGCCUGCAGGGAGGAACUCUGUUUCUCGCGCACGGGACCGCCGAUGCAAACAUUAACUUUCAACACUCAGCCGAACUGAUCAAGCACCUGAUCAGGGUCGGAGCCAACUACACCAUGCAGAUCUACCCGGACGAGGGCCACUUCCUGUCCAGGCACAGUCGGAUUCAGCUGAUGCACUCUUUGAUCGGUUACUUUCGAGGAUGUCUGCUGGAGGCGUCAUCGUUACUGGCGGAUGAGUGACGAAAACGGUGUGUGCGUGUGUGUGUGUGUGCGUGUGUGUGUUUUUUUUAAACAUGUAGCCCAAGACAAGUGGAUGAGUGACAACGCAGCUCCUUUUUUUUUUUUUUGGUUGCUUGACGUCCUUGUGUGCAGACUGUGAGACCAAAGCUUUUUUGUCAUGGAGACGAUGUGCUGCUGGAGGCCUGAAGCCGUCAGAGCUGUGCACUUCUACAUUUCCGCAUGGCACUGAGGCUUUGUCGUUACGCACUCAGUGGAUUUUUGGUGUCAGCGUUUGUGUUGUCUGUGUAUAGGACAGCAAUCGUAAUACAAUUUUUUUUAAAAUUGUGACAGUCAUCCCUCGUUUUUCGUGGUUAACUGGUUCCAGACCCGACCGUGAUAAGUGCAUUUCCAUGAAGUUGGAUUCGAUAUCGAUAAAAGGAAUAUUUUGGUAGUUAAAGCAUAGAAAACCUGUGUAUGACCUUCUAAAUACAGUUUUUAACAUGAUUAGAGCCCUCUAGACAUGAAAUAACACCCCUAUAGUCACAUUUUACACUCCUAUGACCCAAUAUAGUAGACAUAAUAGGCGAAAAUAAGACAUAAUAUAUAUGACUCACACAUGUUACCACUGGGUUACCAUUUUUUACUUCCGGGACUUCUUGCGAUGGCUAAUGUACGAUUACUGACAACUACAGCGGCAGUGUAGAAUAAUACAUACCAUCACUAUGUCUUUGAAUGCGUCUUCUGAAUGCCUUACACUUGUAUGUUAGUUCAUUUAGUCAUUUUUAUGGUUGAGUUUGUAAAUACACGGGACUUGAUGGAAACUUUGUGCCAAUAGAUGGUAAUCAGAUGAGGCGAGGAUGUUGAGAGUGCCGAGGUAACUUUAUCUCAGCCAUGGGAAGGAUGUACAUUUUGGAACACAUCGGUAAGUGUACCUUUGAAUCAGUGGGUGAUCAAGCCUGAGCCUGUGUCCUGCACCCAAUUAUGUGUAGCGUAGUGCCUGGAAGGUGGGUGGAGGUGGUGAGCUAGGCGGUGGUAGCGAGAUCCCGACCUGGCACUGCCCUGCCGGACCGGGUCAUCGCUCAACCUUAGAAAUGCUUCAAGGCCUAAAAUACGUCAAAUUUGCUUAAACAUGCAUACUUUUGACUAGUAAUAGGCCGGACAGGGUGACAGAGUGAAGCUGCGAAAUUUGAACCGCGAUGUGGCGAGGGACGACUGUAUAUAAAAAAAAAAUGUAAAAAGUCAUCAGGAUGUAAAGCUAGUCAAGUGCUUUUAUUUUUGUAUUUUUUGUUUUCUUUGCUCAUACUCUCUAUGUAAAUAUAAGUUUUUGUGUAUGUACUGUAUAUCUUCUGGACUCGCUUCGUUAAGAGUAAAAGUUGCAUCAGUCAAAAAAUGUGUGACGAAGAGGAAACAUGUACAGUAAUCCCACGUUUAUCAUGCUUAAUUGGUUCCAGACUCCGGCUCGGAGAAGUGAAUUUUCUUAAUUAUAAAUAUUUUGGUACUUAGAACAUAGAAAACCUGUUUAUCACCUGCGAAAUAUGUUUUUUUAACGGUAUUAGAGCCCUUUAGACAUGAAAUAACACCCCUAUAGUCAUCUUUACCCUCCUAUUAGUAGGCAUAAUAUGAGAAAAUAAGACAUAAAUAAGGCUCGUGGUUGUGUGUGUUGCUAUAAAUGUGUUCCCAAGGGGAGCUGAGUGGGUGGCAGACAGGAAGGGACGCCGGGGGUUAAGAGUUGAGUUUUAGCUUGGCAUGAGUUACGGCCGCAACAGUAGCCCAUGUUAGGGAUUAUUGUGCCUGUGGUGAGAUCAUUCAAACCUGCAAUAAAAGCCUGUUGCUCCGGCGAUCAACUCUGGUGCUUGUGUGUCUCAUCCAACAUUACAGUAACAUUACUGACACCCAGUGACCAGUGUAGAUUACUACAGUAUAUUUCAUCAUCUUUGAAUGAGUCUUCUGAAUGACUUAUAUUUGUAUUUUACUUCAGUUUGCCAUUUUUAUGCUUCAAAAUGCUGAAUUUAGGCAAAAAAAAAAGUAAAAUGUGCUUAAAUAUGCAUAUUUUUUAACUGAUAUAUUUUUGAAAAAAAAUGAAGCCACAAAAUUUGACACGCAAGUAACGAGGGAUUACUGUACAAGGGGCACUGGACUAUAAGUCGCAUUUAGCGGUAUUUAUGAUGGAGAUAUCAUCAGAGCAACAUUUUUUUGUUUUUUAGGAGUGCCAUGGCACAGCUCUUAGCAAAAUUAAAUUCACAAGAGAAGAAGACUAACUAGGGGGCAAACUAAAGCUACAGAAGCUGAAAUAAGUCACAUAUUUAAAGUAUAUGGAUACAAUAAAAACACUUUUAAUACGUGACAUGCUGCCAUGGUGCGUCCCAGUAUGUAGAAACGUAUCAAACAGCCGUACUUUAGCACCAAAACGCCAUGUUUUGAAUGAAAAUAGAGUGAAAAGAGAAUAGAGUGUGUCUUUAGUUAGCCACCGGCUGAUGCAGCAGCUGCAAUCUCCAAGCUAGACCUAAUUUGUGUCCUAAUUAAACAACGCCGCUGUCUGAAAUCCACAGGUACCUUACCUUGUACAGUUGCACAUUACUUACGGACACAUGGUCUCCAAGGCAGAAGUGUAUUCAAAAAGAUUCCAUAGGAAUCCCAGUAUGUGGAAACGUAUCAAACAGCCGUAUUUUACCACCAAAACGUCAUGUUUUUGAAUGAAAAUAGGUUGAAAAGAGAAUUGAGUGUGUAUUUAGUUAGCCAGCGGCUGAUGCAGCAGCUACAAUCUCCAAGCUAGACCUAAUUUGUGUCCUAAUUAAACAACGCCACUGUCUGAAAUCCACAAGUACUUUACCUUGUGCAGUUGCACAUUACUUACAGACACAUGGUCUCCAAGGCAGAAGUGUAUUCGAAAAGAUUCCAUAAGAAUCCCAGUACGUGGAAACGUAUCAAACAGCCGUACUUUAGCACCAAAACGCCAUGUUUUGAAUGAAAAUAGAGUGAAAAGAGAAUUGAGUGUGUAUUUAGUUAGCCAGCGGCUGAUGCAGCAGCUACAAUCUCCAAGCUCGACAUGAUUUGUGUCCUAAUUAAACAACGUUGCUGUCUGAAAUCCACAGGUACCUUACCUUGUACAGUUGCACAUUACUUACAGACACAUGGUCUCACAGGCAGAAGUGUAUUAGAAAAAAUUCCAUAAGAAAGAGCGUUAGGUUUGCUUUCCAUUUUUGAAUUUGUAUUCAAUGUUCAAUUAAAAUCGAAGGGUGUGGGAGCCACUUCGAUAUUCUGCACAUUUUAAAAAGAAACUUUGUGUUACAAAGUGAAAUUGUAAGCUUGAAAACUUACCAGAUAUCGCGAGCAUGCCAUUUUGAUUCGCCGGUGUCAUUUUUCAGGUGAUUUGGUCUAUUUCCAGUUGUUUUCUGCCUAAUAUUUAAUUAAAUCUGCAGAAUGUGCCAGUGAGAAAGGAAGCUGCAGGCCAUAAAUGGUCCCAAGCCUGCACUUUGGAUGCGCCCGGGACUAAAUGAAGGAGUGUGUCAUUAAUUGUGAUGUGAAAGUAUCUCAAAAUAUUUUCAUUGUUCGCCGUCAAUGAAUCAGCACACGUCAUAAAAAUAACACGCUGUGUUGGAAAUAAAUUCAAGUUGCAUUUGGUCAAUGUUUUCUGUCAGAAACUCACGCCAAAAAACAAAAAACAGACAAUUAUGGUGAUGCUGACACGUCCGUGCAGUGACAAACGUGUGACUCUGGAGGAGGUUGCCAUGCCAACCACUUUGUUGUAAAUCCUCAGGUCAUUUUUGCAUAUUAACCAAUGAGAACCCAGACCUAUUUAUGCUUCGAUUAAAAUGAUGGCGUGUAUACAACAUUUAUGAUGUUUUUGCCUUAAAAUACUUGCCGUUCAUGUCAAAGACGUGUGAUGUCACAUCAGAGCUGGCUGGCCCUUUAUGCAAUAUGGGUAGUUGCGAAGGGUGCUGUGGCCAGCAGGGGGUGCCAAAAAUUGAACUUCAAUAUAAUGAAAUUCUAAUGAAUGAAAUAGCGGUAAUUGUAAUAAAAAAAUAUGAAUAACAGUAAUACAAUUCAUAAUUAUUAUAAUUACAAUCAAAUUAGUAUUAAUUGUCAAUAAUAUAUUAAACAAUAAUUAAAUACAAAAAUGAAAUAAUAAACACUGGUUCUUACUGUGAACCUUUAAAAUAGAAAAGCUCGCAUUGAUUCAAAUUGUAAUACAAAGCCCAACUCACAUUACUACAAAUGUAUGGAGUUACUACAUAGUUUAAAUGUAGCUUAUAUAUGGAGUUCGUGUGUGCAACUGUGCUUAUUUCAGCUGUUAGAUGUUGAUUGUUGUGUGUAUAUUUUUGUGUUACUAUUAUUAUUUAUUAACUUACACUAUUUUUAUUUUGUGGCUAUUUAUAUUGUAGUUGAUUUUUCUUUCAUGUAUUUUUUUUCUUUUUUGUAAUCUUCCAAAUGAAAGACGACGGUAAAAACAAUGCCAAUCAAAUGGCCAUUAAAAUGACCUUUAAUGAUACGUAAUAAUCUUUUGGAUAUUGUUUAUUAUUGGUGUAUGCAACUGCUCAAGAGAGCCCCUUACUGUCACAGCUUCCGGUGUUGGCGCGCCCUCUUGUGGUCAGCAAGUCACAGUACGUAACAUUUUCUAGUCGUGUUGUCUUGUUUCGCUUCUCAUGUCAGCGUUGAGUCGUAUUAAAACGUGGAUUGAAUACGGUGACGUUAAAAAACAAACAGCAUUGUUGAUUGUAAACACGUUUAUUUGAAAAAGAAGGCACAAACAUGUUCCGACCUUCCAAGGAGAGUCAAGCUCAAGAAAAGCAAACUGAUGGGAAGGAGCUUAUACAUUUGUAGAUGCAGAACAACCUGUUUAUGUCGACGCCCCCUCGGACUGGUUGACUCACGUGGAAACCAGCCAUUGCUUGCGUAUUGACUUGCGACUUUCGCCACGCACACAUAAGGGGAAUGGGUGAUAAUAAAGUUUGUCGAUGUCAUUUGUGCAUACCUUUAU